UAGAAGAUUUGUCUUCUCUAAUGGAAUAAGUAUAUCCCUUCUGGCAAGCUCGUCCGAGUUUCUAAGUUUUUUCAAUGUUCAAUGUAGAAAAUUGUAUAAAGGUCAGUUAUUUUGUUCGAUUACUUCAGUCGAGAUGAAUGUGGUGAAUCCGACACUACUUGUUUGUUUCAUUUUGCUUUCACUAGUGAACGAAUCUUGGCAACAAUCAGAUUCGUGUAGCUACCAAGGACAACAAGUAAAUGGCGAAUUUACGAUUCCUGGUUUGUGCCUACUCUACAGGUGUAUACCUGGACAAGGCGUUACAGCAAUCGGAUGUGGAAUCAGGAUACCCCCUGAGGGUUGCUAUGUAGAACAUCCUAAUACCAAGAACUAUCCCGAAUGUUGCUAUUCAAGAGUGGUUUGUCCAGAAGCGAAUUCCAUAAAUUCAGAACAGACACUGCGAACUUUCGACCAGUCGAACGCUACAUCUUUCGAACAACAAAAUCUGGGUUAUCCCAGAUUUUCUUCUUUGCCUCCAUUCGCCAACCAGCCAGCUUUCUCGACGGAUAGACCGCAAACACUGAAAACCUUGACGCCACCCUUACAAGAUGUUGCACCAAAUUUUCGACCCAAAUCACCUCAGAAUAAGAGACCCCCAAACGGUGCUUUUUCCGAAUUCCAAAAUUCGCAAAGAGAUGAGGAUUUAAGAAAUGGUCCUUACUACUACAAGAAAUAAAGCUCAAUUUACUAUAGGUUAUUCGAACAAAAUUAUUCGAAAUA